UUUUCUGUAACUUCUUUAACCUGUAUUAAACAUAUAUUUGUGUAAUGAGUCACGUAUAGAAUAAUAAAGAUUAAUUGUUUUUAUUUAUAUAUAAACAGAAUUGUAAACUAACAUUUAUUUCAUAGGAAUAAUUUCUACUAUUAUUUUUAUCAUUUUUUAUUCUUUCUUCAUGAGGGGUGGUCUAACUUCUUUAUAUUACAAUAAAAUAUGUACGUGACUGACGCUUAAUAGCGUGUGCUAAUAUUGCUCCACUGCGCAUGUCCGAGCAUCAGCUAACUUUGCGAGGGACACAAGUAAACAAAAGAUCUACCGCGUCUCACUCGGGCGGGUCAGCUUCUCGCAGGCAACUGCUGAUCAAUGAUCUACCACUAAACAGUUAUUCCAUCAAUAAACUCAAGCAAAAAUAUCUUUCAGACAAUAUGACUUUUUAUCUAUGAAGAGAUUUCUUCUCAGAUCUCUAUCAAAGAGAUGACACAGGCUUACAUAAAAUUUUAUAAACGAGGAAUGCUACGGAUAAAAGUUUCUGCGCUUAUACCUAAUGUAAGAAAUGAUUCACAACCUCAAACGUACGUGAAUAUCAAUGUGACAAAAUCCAAGCUUUUACCAAGAUGUUUCAUGAGCAUGAUUUUAUCAUCUUUAAUUACGAUGUUGAUGGCAACACCAUUAAUAAUUUACCAACUAGAUAAUCUACAAACACAGAUAAAUUCCCUCAUGUCGAUGUAUCAAGACAACAAUGAGAGUAAUCAUGUUAAUGCAUCAAAUCGAUUCCGUCGAUCAGUAGACUAUAAUGAUCCCGUUAGCCCAGUUACACCUUCUACUCUCGAACACUCCAAUGAAACGGAAGUCAGAGAUGAUAGAAAUUCCCACAUCAUUAUGUCAAAGUCUUAUAAUCAGCCAAAUUUUCUACGCACUGAAACGCAAAAUUAUACAAUGCAGGAGGAUGAAACAAGUCGCAAUCGCAAGUUGAUAUCAUGGAGUGUACUGCCAACGAGAAGAAUGCGAAGGAAUCAGAAAGAUAGUGAAAAACGACAGAACGAGAAAAAAGAUGAAAAACAUCGACAGAAUAAGGAGAAAGUUGAAAAACAAGGACAAAAUGAUAAAGAAAAUAAAAAGCGAUUACAGAACAGAAGAGGACGCAAACAUAAGCGAUCGAGACCAUUAGUAGCUACAUUUAUUGGUGCUGUAUCAGAAAGUAAAAAUACAGUUAUUGGACCUUGGUUAAAAAAGAGUGUGAAUCAUAAAUAUGAUUUUACAAAGUUUCAUUUGGUGGAUAAUAAUAUGGCAAUCCAAAUUGGCAUAAGUGGUUUAUACAUUAUCUCUGUACAGAUUUAUUAUAUAGCAAAUGUAAAGGAUCAUUCCUAUUGGGUGCUGUUAAAUUCUGAGGGUGCGUCGACAAAACAAAGGCUGGUUACAUGUUCUACUGCUUCUUUGAAUGCAGAAGUAUCGUGUUAUACGAGUUUAACUAUGUAUCUGAAGAAAGGUGAUAGAUUGUCUGUGCUGCAACAGCAGAAGGAUAGAUUUAUUAAAUUGGAAGAGGGUUAUAGUCAAAUACAAAUUACGCUGCUUGACAAGGACAGACGUGCAACGUAAAGUUUAUGUAAAUUUUAAAUUAGAUUUAUAUGUAUAUUAAGUAUAGAACAACUGUACGUGUUAAGUGACAAUUGUAGAAUUUAUAACGAUUAUAAGUUAAUGGUUGUGAUUAGUAGAAUGAAGAAAUUUUAAGCUUACACAAGUACAUAGGAUAUAUGUGAUAUCGCUACUAAAUUCAACGAACUGUAUGUUAUUGGCAGAAGAGUUACACAGUAGCGUAAAUUAUCAUUAAUUACACUAUAAUAAUCGCGGAAAUCACGGUUAUAAGAAUAUAAUAAGACACGAUGAGCCAUUCAUUUCGGAAAAGUAAUGUAAAGUAUAAGAUUCGUAUCUGAGAUAAAGGAUAAGAAGUAUAUAGUAAUCGUAUAUUUGUAAAAAGUUGUGAUUUGCUCCCUCUAAAAGAAGGAUCAAAAGUAAAAACGCACUUUUAAAAUGCAGUUUACGAAAGGCACUCUUUUUGAUUUUAUAAAUUCUUAUAAUAUAAAAUUUUAUCUUUAAAUACUUUUUUAUUUUUUAUAAAAAAGUUAAUAAUUAAAAUUUUGAAUUUGUUGGAUUUAAUCAAAUGGUAAGACAAUUUCAGAAAAGGAGAAAAAAGUUAAGACCUUUAAUAAGAAAGAUUCUCUAAUAUUUUUAUAAGUUCUUAUAUUUUUUAUUUAUAGGGAUUUCUAAAAGAAAAUGUAUCUUAAAUUUUUUCAAAUAAGUUUUCGAAAGUUAUAAAAAAUUAGAAAAGGUGUAAACUUUUUUAGUACUUCUAAAAAGUUCAAAUUAUAAAGAAAUCUGAGAAGUAUUGAAAUUUUAAAAGUUUAAUUUAUAUAAAACCCAAGAAGUUUUAAAGAAAUGAUAAAAUUAUGUAAAUAUUAUGAAAAAUUUUUACCAGAAGUUUUACAAUAUUUUAAAAUUAAUUAAUAAAAAGUUACAAUAAGUAUUACGUACGUACUCUAUACGUAUGUAAUUAUAAAUAACAAUUUAUAUAAUACAUUAAGAUUUAUAAAGUUUAUUGAAACAUUUAUAAAAUGGGAAAACACAUUGUUUAAGAAGUUUUACAAUAAAUCUUGUAAGAUUAGAUAUCGUAAUAUAUACACACUGUAUGUGUAUAUCAUGUUCCAUUUAACUGUAGCAAACUGUACUCGAAUGCGUUGACCUGUGUCGAUUUGUGUUUCCUAAAAGAAAAGCAGCCUAUAUUGAUACUCAUGCUGUCUAUUGCAUUGUUAAUGAUGAAUAUAUCCCAGACAACACACAACAAAAUUUGAUAAUGAAUUGAUUUUUAUUUUUAUUUUGUCCAAGUGUCCAUAGAUAUAAUAAAAAAUUUUUUUAAUAUACAUUAUUUAACGUUUAAUGUAUAUAUAUAUAUAUGUUUGAAUAUUUAAAAAGUUUUUGUAAAAUAAUUAUCAAGUCUUUUAAUGUAGAAUAAAAAUAAUAUAAUUGCGAUUCUAAAUUGAUCCAAAAAUAGCGACCAAAAAGUAAUAGUUUUAAAAUUAUAUUACUUGCUUUUUUAUUACUUUCUAUCUAAUUUUUUAAUCCUAUUUUUGCAUUACAAUAAUGUAUUUUAUCAAAUAUGCCAUAUGCAAAUAUGACGUAUGAUAUAACUUGCAUAAAAUAAAUUAUAUUACAUAUAGCUUGUUCUAUACAGUAUAAUUAUAUGUAUAGAAGAAAGUAGAGGAAUUUAGCUAUAUAGUUUUCAAUAGAUACAUUUAACAUUGUAUAUUUAAACAAAAAGAAAAGCUAUUUCGUAUGUAAAAAUUACUAAAAUUAUACUUUAUGAUCAUAUUUAUGAAAAAAAUACAUAUAUUUUGUCAUUCUCUUUUUAAAAAUCUUUAUCGAUCUAUCACGGAUAUAUAUUCUUUAACAAGACGUAUUCAUGAAUAAUAACGAAGUGUCAGUUCCCGUAUGGUCAUAAAGUUAAGCAACACUGGACACGGUUCUUAGAUGGGUAACCGCUAGAUGUAACCAAGCUUUGAAAGGAUGAUCGCUUGGGAAUAUCAUAAAAUUCUUUUCGUAAUUUUGUUGUAUGUAUUCUGUGGAAUAUUAUGCUAAUUAAUAAAACUUUAUUUUGUAACAUAAAUAUAUUUAGUUGAAAAUAACGUCUUUCAAACAAAUUUGAAAACCGUAUUCUUGUAUGUACCAUUUCAAUGCUAUUUUCACAUUUUAUUGACGUUAUGUUUUAGUUAUUAGUGAUAUAAGUAAUUGCGAGAAACUCAUGAUAAAUCGAUUUCAUGUUUGCAAUUAUAUUUUUCUCGUUAAUUUGUUGUUUAUGUAUUAAACGAACAAAUUAGGCUAUUUUAUAUUUAUGUGAGGGUUUCUAUUUUGUAUUUUUUAUAUAAAGAAUUUUUAUAUAAAGAAUUUUUCUUAAAACAUAUUCAUAAAUUGCGCAUUUCUCUUCAGAAAUUGAAUCUUCUACAAAUGUGAUGUUAGUAUUAUCGAUAUUCAGUAAACGAUAACUAACAAUAACUUUUUAAAUAAUUUUAAACUGUUUUUAACGUAUUUUUUCUUGCUGAAUGCAUUUCAAAUUUGGUUAUUAACCUUAAUCCUACAUAUCAUUAAAUAAUUCAGUAUUCUACAUAAGAGAGGUGUAAUAAUUAACCCUCGGCCUCUUUAAAUGAUUAUUACUCGAAUAUUAUCAAACAUUUUGGAUCAAAACAAUUUUUUAACAUUCUUCAAACUUCCAAAAAUAAUGUCCAAAAGUUAUUUUGGGGCAAUUUAAAAUUUAAAACGGUGAAAAAAAUUCAUAAAGCUAAGCAGAAAACUAAGUCUAAAACUAAAACCAAAAACUAGGGAUUUAUUCUACCCCAGAUGUAGGAUAAUAACCAAAUUUGGACAACAAAUUCGUAUUUAGUACACAGAAAUACAAGUUAAAAACAAGUUGUUAUAUUCUUAAUUUCUCUGGUCUUUGUUAUAUUACACUUAUAUUGUUAAAUAGAAAAUUAUAAUAUUGAUGUUAUGUUAUUAUUAGUUGAAUGGUUAUGUUCACUAGAUAAUUAGUGAGAUACGUGAAAUUGUGCUCAUUGCUCAGUUAUUUUAAGACAUAUAUAACUGCCAAUACUUUUUAUUCUUUUAUAAAUGAUAUAAGUUAAAGAAAAAUUUUGUUAUUUUUUUAUAUUAAAACUAAGUAUAAGAUUUUUGAUAAUGUAGCAAAUACAUAAAAAGUCCCAAUGUAAUAAACAAAUAAGUAUAUAUAUACAUAUACAAUUAUAAAGAAUUUUAAUAAAAUGUCGAGAAGAUUUAUACUAUUAUUUGUAAUAAUAGAUAUUUUUUAUUUUAUAAUCCAGCUCAUAAUAUGUAUGUAUUUAUUACCCAUUAAACAUUACUCUGUACAAUACAAAUUAUUUUGUAUUUGUAUUAAAGUCGAUUCUUGUUAUAA